CUGUAUCCUGUAGCUAUAACCUGCUGUAUGGCUAAACAGUCAAAGAUACUAAUCUUUUUAUUUGUCUGUUUCCAUUAUUAGAUCUGACUUUCUGUUUCGUCGUGGACGUGACAAUCUGGUGGUGAUUGUAAUAGAUAUUCUGUGAGGCUAGCCAACAUCAACAGAAAGUUUUGUAGUCCCACAGGACUCAUUCUGUACUUUAUCACACCAGCUGUCUCAGUUCCCAUCAAAGCCAACAGAAGGACCAUUAAUCAGCUCUACAAGAUCCACUAUUGUCAAGAACUUAUUUUCUUGCAGUAGUAUUUUCUCUCCUGAGAAGAGAGUUGAGCCAUGGAGUCCGUGUCGAUCCCUGCACUAGUUGCUGGCCUUAUUGAUUGUGUGGCCCAGUUAAUAAGAAUCGCUGAAGACCUGUUGCAGUUUGUAUCACAGGAGCAAGGUGCCUCUGCGCAACAAAAUGUUAGAGCAGAAGAGGCAGGAGCAAUUGCACCUCCUCCUGAGGAAGAUUCCCUACCGGAUCUUGCUGAUCUUUCCGAUUUAGAGUCAAUACUUUCAGUAAGAGAAGACGAAGAUUUGAUCCUGGAUAUGGAUGAAGCAAUGAUAGACAUGAAUGACAUAUAUGAGGAUAUACUCCCUGCAAUCAAGGAUGAUAUAGAAAGUGAGUGA